AUGACCAAUAAUGGUAUUAUGAACACCAUGUGGUGGUGGGAGGAACAAGAAAGAGGAAAGAAUCCACGAAUCCAGGAAUCGAGAAACCCAAGAAGUCGGGAACCCAAGGAUCCAGGACUCCAGGAAUCCAUGAAUCCAUGUAUAUACCUAGGACUCCAGGAAUCCAUGAAUCCAAAUAUGUACCUAGGAAUCCAGGAAUCCAUGAAUCCAGGAAUUCAGGAAUCCAGGAAUUUAGGAUUCCAGGAAUCCAGGAAUCCAGGACUUCAGGAAUCCAAGAAACCAGGACACCAAAAAUCUAGGAACCCAGGAACCCAGGAACCCAAGAAUCCAGGAAUCCAGGAAUCCCGGAAUAAGACCGAUUCAGGCGGCUUUGCACCUCGAAUGUAUUAUUCUGAUCCCGUCGUGGUCCCAAAACAUGCACUAAGAAUCACAUGA